AUGGUGACUUUGUGCGGCAUUUACGGGUUUCGAACCUUCUUCAGAGAUGGAUGGCUCCAGAAAAUCCUUUCAUGGCAACGACCGAACGGGUGUUACUCUUUCCGAUACCCGAACACUUCGAAAUAUGAAACGCUGAAUCCAAACUCGGUGGACUACUUUCAGCAACAGCCGCAAUAUCCAUCAUCAGGUGAUAUGAAUCAGGUGAUUGAUGACGAACAAGCGCAGAUUGACAGUAUCCGGGAGGCAUUACUGGAUUCCGAACAACGACAACAGAUAUUCGACCUCACUGCUGAGGAAUCGAAGCAGUCGGUUCCUCCAACAGAAGUCACUCAUCAAAGCCCAUCAGAACUCAUCCUUCCGACUGCUGACGAGGGACAAAAUCUGCAAGCCUUGUUGCAGGACUUCCGACAACAGUACGAGUACAAGCCAUCUCUUCUUGAGCCGAAUGAAUUCCAAGGUGCAUCUCAGGGAGGCGUGAGAACCGAUGAAGGAUCAUCAUCAUCGUCGGGGGAAACAGCGUACGGUGUGCGUGUUUACUCCCCGGAGGAUCGGCGCGAGUUCCGCGAGAACAUGCGUUCCAAACUGGGUCUGCCCGACAAAUUCAACACCACCCUGACCCAGUUGACGCACAUUGUGGCGCACAAGGACCGCAGGUCUUCCAGCAGCACCAGCACUAGCCUUGGAGUCCCCCAGCAGCAGCAGCAGAACCACCACCACCAUCGAUGGUACCAUGUGGCAGCAUCAGGAGGACGGCGGGCCAAGCGCGAGGAAACGCUCAUGGACGAAGGCUGCAUGUCACAUGCUACAGCUCUGGGCGUCGACAGUCUUUCCUUGCAUCUGAGAUACAUACUCGAGGAUAUUUACGCCAAUGAUCUGAUGAAUGCUGAUAAGAUAAUCACAUUUUUCAAUGGCUGUACUGGUGAUGGUGCUGCAGAUUGUCAGGCUACCGACGCCGCUGCCCGGCCAAAGGUAGCGGUGUCAUACCCCGCCCGCAUGCGCAUGGCGAGAGAGGGAGAGGGAGAAGCAAGUCAGAGCUUGGGCUCCAACUUGGACGUCGUUGUCCAUCUUGAGGAGCCAUUCAGUCUGGUGCAGAGCAAGAUUCCUGAGGAAGCACAAAAACUGUUGGUCAGCCGAAAAACGCCAGGGGAACACAGAGCUCGCAGAUCACCGCUGCUGAGAAUGCCUCCGCCAAUCGCCGCCACAAAAUACGCCGAGGAAGAUCACCGCCGCUGA